AUGUCGAAUUCGAAUUCGCCGAAAACAGAUGCAAGCAGCCAAAGCCUCUCCAUAAAUUUGAGACAAUUCCGAUUCCAGAAGAAACAACUGAAACCAUCGAACAUGUCUGAUGAAGACAGCAAUUUAACAGGUUCUGAGAUUCAAUUCAGACGUAAACCAGUAAAUGUAAUCGAGGACAGUGAUAGUGAUGUAGGCAGCUCUGUUAAAGAAGUCUUGGGUGGCAAGGAUAAAAAAGCACGUGACAACACAAAUUGGGACAGUGAUGGUGGUGAUGACAGCUCAAAAAACAAUAGAAAAAGAAAAAAUACCUCCAGAACUAGUAAGAAAAAAAGAAGAAAGAUGAAUAGAAAUGAAGAUGCAGAUUACGAUUCAGAUGAAGCAAGUUUUAAUAAGGAUAAAGUAUUUGAUAGUGAUGAAGAUUCAGAUGUCGAAAUAUCUAAUGAACUUACGGGUGAUAAGAAAGCAGUUUUAGAAUUUAUGCAAACUGCUCUUAUAUCCGAGUUACUGUUAAUGUCUCAAUGUUCUCAAAAGAAAGCAAAUGCUAUCAUACAGGCAAGACCAUUUAAAGAUUGGAGAGAUCUGGUUCGAAAAUUCCAAUACAAUAAGUACUUAGACACAGAACUCUUAAAUUCCGCUCAAGAAUUGCUGGCUACCAGACAAGCAGUAGAAACUCUUAUGAAGAAAUGCCUUCGUCUCUCUACAAAUAUCGAGAAGGUCGUGGCAGCUGGGGCAUCAGCAAUUACGAGUCAACCUAAGGGCUUAUCGUCAGAUUUUAAAUUAGCACCGUACCAGAUGGUUGGAUUGAAUUGGCUCGCUGUAAUGCAUACUCAAAAUGUUAAUGGUAUACUCGCAGACGAGAUGGGUUUGGGAAAAACAGUCCAAGUCAUUGCUUUCCUUACUUAUUUGAAAGAAGCUGGCCUUACAGAUGAAAGAGACGGGCCACAUUUAAUCGUUGUUCCCAGUUCGACGAUGGAAAAUUGGAACAACGAGUUGCAGAGGUGGUCGCCUGGUUUAAACGUUGUACAAUAUUACGGCUCUCAGGAAGAACGGAAAGAAAUGAGAUUAGGAUGGCGAAACGGUGAACUAGACGACGUUGAUGUUUUGUUGACUACGUAUAAUUUAAUUAGCAGUACGCCGGAAGAGCGGAGACUAUUUCGCGUUAUGCCCAUUAAUUACGUUGUUUUCGAUGAAGCUCAUAUGUUGAAAAACAUGGGUACCAUCAGAUACGAAAAUCUCGUCAGAAUUAACGCUAAACAUAGGAUUCUUCUAACGGGUACUCCACUACAAAAUAAUUUAUUGGAACUGAUGUCGCUCUUAAUAUUCGUUAUGCCGUCACUGUUCGCUGGCAAGCAAGCCGAUCUGAAAAGCUUAUUUUCCAGGAAUCCCAAACAACCAGCGGUUAAAAAAGAUAGCGAUCAACCGCUGUUCGAGCAAGAACAAGUGAAAAAUGCGAAACAGAUUAUGAGACCGUUCGUGCUUCGCCGGUUGAAGUCUGAGGUCCUUCGAGAUCUACCUGAGAAAAGUGAUCGCGUCAUCAAGUGUCCCAUGGUGGACAAGCAGCAAAAAAUGUAUAGAAAUUUGGUCGCUGAAUUUACGGCUGAGGCCGAUCAAAGCGCUGUCGUUAACGGCGUUGGGAUGAUGAUGCAGCUAAGGAAAUUGGCCAAUCAUUCGCUUCUAGUUCGAGAUUAUUACAAUGACUCCCGAUUAAGAAUAAUAUCGAGUAGAUUGGCAAAGGAGCAUUCGUACAAACAAAAGAAUGCCGAUUACAUAUUCGAGGAUCUACAGUGGAUGUCAGAUUAUCAGAUAAAUCAGUUAACAAGAACGUACAAGAGUUUGGCUGGCAUGGGACUGCCUCAAGAGCUCAUUCCCGAAGCUGGAAAGUUAAAGGUACUGGAUGAUUUAUUGCCAAAGUUGAAAGAGGACGGGCAUCGGGUGUUAAUUUUCAGUCAAUUCACAAUGGUGUUAGAUAUAUUAGAAGAAUAUUUAACGAUCAAAGGGCGAACGUAUCUAAGAUUGGAUGGAAGUACGCCAGUAACUGAUAGGCAAGAUUUGAUAAAUCAAUUUACAGAAGAUGAAAAUAUAUUCAUAUUUUUGCUAUCAACAAAAGCUGGAGGCCUGGGGAUCAAUCUAACGACUGCCGAUACCGUUAUUAUCCACGAUAUUGAUUUUAAUCCGUACAACGACAAGCAAGCAGAAGACCGCUGCCACAGGGUAGGACAGACAAGACCUGUUAGCAUAAUCAGAUUGUUAAGCGAGGAUACUAUAGAGGAAGGCAUGUACGAGUUAGCUCAAGACAAAUUACAUCUCGAGCAACAGAUUACCGGCGAAGAAGAAAAUGAGAGCACAGACAAGAAAGGCGUAUUGAAGUUACUUAAGAUGACACUGGGACUGGAUCAUAACAGAUCGUUAUCGCUGUCGCCGGCGAAGAACGCGAGAACGAGUAACGGAUUAAUGGGAGGCGAAGAAAAUUGUAAUAUAGAAUUCUAAAGUUAAUUCAUCACUUAAUCAUAUUUUGUAUUAGCAGAAAAGGAUCAACCAUUUUUUAUAUGCGUAUACUCUUAAACUUUGUGAUAAAGUACAGUGUUGCGAUUGCACAAAGAAAAGUCGACGAAACAUGCGGUCAGUCUAUAGUAGAUUUACCAUGUUCUGUAAGUUUGCCUUACUGUUUUGAUUUUAAUGGAGAUGUAAAUGUAGACAUUAUUUAUUCAUUUUUAAUCCCACGUAUUACUAUUUACAUUUUGUAUAUCGUCUAAUCAAUUAGU